AUGCCCAGCCUAGCACUGCUAUGUUGCCUGGUCUUCUUGGCUGGGGUGGGAGCCCACCAAGGCCAGAGUAUCCAGUCUGAGAACAGCUGCACCCACUUUCCGGCCAGCCUGCCUAACAUGCUCCGAGAGCUUCGAGAUGCCUUUGGCAAGGUGAAGACUUUCUUUCAAACAAAGGAUCAGCUGGACAACAUGUUGUUAAACGAGUCCUUGCUGGAGGAUUUUAAGGGUUAUCUGGGUUGCCAAGCUUUGUCUGAGAUGAUCCAGUUUUACCUGGAAGAGGUGAUGCCACAGGCUGAGAACCAUGAACCAGGCAUCAAAGAGCAUGUGAACUCCCUAGGAGAAAAGCUGAAGAAUCUCAGGCUGAGGCUGCGGCGCUGUCACCGAUUUCUUCCCUGUGAAAAUAAGAGCAAGGCAGUGGAGCAGGUGAAGAGCACUUUCAGUAAGCUUCAAGAGAAAGGUGUCUACAAAGCCAUGAGUGAGUUCGACAUCUUCAUCAACUACAUAGAAACCUACAUGACAAGGAAGAUGAAAGACUGAAAUGACCAACAUGGCAACUCUUUGAACUCUAGGACAUAAAUUGGAGAUCUCCAAAAUCUGAGCCAAUGUUCUGGGAUAGCCAGCCCAGUUCCUUGGGAAACCUUGUUGUACCUCUCUCCUAGGAUAUUUAUUACCUCUGAUACCUCAACUCCCAUCUCUAUUUAUUUACUGAGCUUCUCUGUGAACUAUUUAGACA